AUGGAAGAGAGUGCAUUGAGGGCCAUGGACGCUGAGCAACUGAGAGAGCACGCUCAUAAGAUGGUCGACUUCAUUGCUGAUUAUUACAAAACCAUUCAAAACUUCCCCGUUCUCAGCCAAGUCCAGCCAGGUUAUCUGGGGAAGCUUUUACCAGAUUCUGCUCCCGAUUACCCUGAGUCGUUGCAAAAUGUUUUGGAUGGUGAAACUUCUUAUUUCGAUUCUUAUAGCAUUGCUGGAUUUCUAGGAGAGAUGCUCAGUGCCGGUCUUAACAUUGUGGGUUUCAGCUGGAUUACAUCUCCUGCUGCAACUGAACUUGAAACCAUUGUUCUGGACUGGCUUGCUAAGGCGUUCCAGCUGCCUGAUGAUUUCUAUUCUAGUGGCAAAGGUGGUGGAGUUAUUCAGGGAACAGCAAGUGAAGCUGUACUAGUUGUCCUAGUAGCUGCACGUGACAAGAUCUUAAGAAGGGCUGGAAGGGGUGCCCUUCCUAAGCUUGUGAUGUAUGCAUCUGAUCAAACACACUCUGCUUUAAAAAAAGCUUGCCAGAUAGCAGGACUUAAUCCAGAGCUUUGCAAGUUGCUUAAAACUGAUUCUUCCACAAAUUAUACACUUUCUCCUGAAGUACUUUCUGAAGCAAUUUCGAAUGAUAUUGCAGGGGGUCUUGUACCCUUUUUCUUAUGUGCUACUGUUGGUACCACUUCAUCAACAGCUAUUGAUCCUCUGCCUGCAUUGGGAAAAAUUGCCAAGACCAACAACCUUUGGUUUCACGUGGAUGCUGCUUAUGCUGGAAGUGCUUGUAUAUGUCCAGAGUACCGCCACUGCUUUGAUGGUAUUGAAGAAGCGGACUCAUUCAACAUGAAUGCACAUAAAUGGUUCCUGACUAACUUUGACUGUUCAGUACUUUGGGUUAAGGACAGAAGUUCUCUGAUUCAAUCACUGUCUACAAAUCCUGAAUUUCUGAAAAACAAGGCCUCUGAAGGAAACAUGGUCAUAGAUUACAAAGAUUGGCAAAUUCCUCUUGGACGUCGCUUUAGAUCAUUAAAAUUGUGGAUGGUGUUGCGACUUUAUGGAUUGGAAGGUCUGCGAAGUCACGUUAGAAACCAUAUUGAGUUAGCUGCUUAUUUUGAGGGGCUUGUUAGUCAGGACACAAGAUUCAAGGUCGUUGCACCACGCACAUUCUCCUUAGUUUGCUUUCGGCUGUUGCCCCCUCCCAACUCUGAAGAUCAUGGUAAUAAGCUAAAUUGUGAUCUACUCGACUCCGUAAAUUCAACAGGAAAGGUUUUCAUAACACACACGGUUUUAUCAGGUGAGUUCAUUCUACGUUUUGCAGUAGGAGCACCAUUGACAGAAAGGAAGCAUGUCACUCAGGCGUGGCAGAUUUUGCAAGAUAAAGCCACUGCUCUACUUGAGAGUUUAUAG